AUGUUGAAAGCAGCAAAGCGCGAGAAGGUGUCACAGGACGUGGAAGGCCCCUACUGUAAGAUCGGUGUGUCGUGUAUGCAGGGAUGGCGCUGGUUCAUGGAGGACGCUCACGCCGUCGUUGCCGACCUUGACACUAAAGGUAUGGCAUAUGUGGGAGUCUUCGAUUCCCACAUCUCUCCAAGAGCAGCCCAGUUCUGCGCCCAGAACAUGCACGCUCGCAUCCUAGAUCGCGCUCCUCUCGAUGAUCUCGGCCUCGUCCUCCACAAAUCCUUCAUGGACAUGGAUGGGGAGUUCCGGGGCACCAUAAAGGACCCAUCGGAUCCAGACUCGGUGUUUCGUGCCGGGGGCUGCACGGCCACGGUGGUGCUGCUGAGCGACCGCGGCACAAAGGUGACGGUGGCGGGCGUGGGCGAUUGCCGGUGCGUGGCUUCCAGGGCCGGGGUGGCGGAAGAGCUGAGCCGGGAUCACAAACCGGACCUCCCUGACGAGAGAGAGCGCAUCGAGGCCGCGGGUGGCAGCGUUACUUUCGGGCGGCUCAAGGAUCUCAACGUGAGCAGGGGCAUCGGGGACUACCGCCUCAAGAUCCCGGCCGACCUUCCGCCUGAGAAGCAGCAGCUGAGCGCAGCACCGGAGAUCAGGGAGGCGACGGUGGUUGGUGAUCCGGGGAUUGAGUUUGUGGUGGUUGCGUCGGAUGGUGUUUGGGAGUGCCGAUCCAGCCAGGAGGUGGUGGACUUUGUGCGUGGCAAGCUGAUGGAGAGUGAGAGCCAAGGAGGGCCAUUGGUAUCAAGGAUUUGCGAGGAGCUUAUGGAUUCUUGUGUUAAGGCUAAGAAUCCCAAGGAUAAGGACGAGCCAGGGACAACGGACAAUAUAACUAUGGCCAUCCUCGUUCCAGUGCCAGCAUGCGUUUGAGCUUAUAAAUCAAGGUGGGGAAUGGGGAAAUCGUGCUUUGUAUCUCGCGCUCCAAUACUAUGUGUGCGAAAAAUUUUAGGAAAUUUUUUAGGAAACUGAAAACCUUGUAAGCAGCCU